GCUUAAUAAUCUUCUUCAUAUGAAAUUCCUAAUAGUUCAAUCAUUGCCACAUAACUAAUAUGAUCUUCAGGACUUUCAUCAUUAAAUUUGAAAAAAAAAUAUUAACCCGGCCCAGCUAAAAUACUACCUCCUAAUUAAAAAACGUCACCCUAUACCCCUCUUCUACAAAAAGCUAUAGAAGUCCACAAAAAUCCACAACAUAAUCCUGUAGUAGUUUCUGCGCUUUAAUUUUUUCCUAUUAAUCCACUUGGCUUUUCUACUCUGGUUAAUCCAAGUCUUUAAUAAAUAACUCUUUCAGGAUCUACGAAACAUUUAUUAGGCAAAAAUCCUGUAUCUACACAAAAAGAGUUAAUUCCACUAGUUUUUCCGCAUCCAAUUACUUUUAAAUCAACAUUCUUUUAUUAUAAUAUAUUCCAACUAAUCCGCGAAAUUGACCUAAUGAAAUCUCUACAAACAAAUCAAUUAAAAUGCCUUAUGAAAAGUAAUAAUGUUUUUUAAUCUUUAAAAAGUGAAGAAAAAGCAAAUUAUUGAUUAUUUUAAUCAUAAACAAUAAGUCCUUUAAUCAAAUUUUCUACAUUUUAUUUUUUGCUAUAUUUUUUAAUAAAAUUAUCUCUAUUUUUUAUUUCUUAUUCGUUUAAUUUACCCUUUUCUUCUUAUUCGUUUUUUAUUAUUUUAUCAAUUGUUUUAUCUUAUUAUUUAUCUUUUUUAUCGUCGAAUUUUUCCAUUUACUCUUU